CUGGAUCUAUCACACAAGAGCUCUCCUGCUCUGGAUUAUUGCUGGCUUCUUCUGGAAUAUUUGGGAUUACCCCGAGGUGAUUACUGCUUUCUGAUCACUGCUGGUGAGGGUUCUGGAAGGAUGGGGCACUGAUUGCCAGCACUGGAGAUGGUUCCCUGGAGACCUGCUGCUUGGUCAGAGUGGAUGGUUGUGUAGGUCCUGCACUUGUGGGUGGCAGGAGGAGUUGGCAGCUCUGCCCUGGCUGGUCACAUGUCCUAUGCCACCACUCCUUGGAGCCCAGCCUGUUUCCCAGUUAUCUUGGUCUUCCAGAUGCCGUAUUUGCAAAUGUGACAGUCAUUAUCGGUCAGCAUUACAGCACCCAUAGCAAUCCAUAACCCGAAUAACUUUUCCUAUAAUGAACUAGAAAAAAAAGGAAAGAAAAAUUUUAGUAAUGGAGACCAGGGUGGCAGCAAUACAAGUAAAUCAAGACAAAGGAAAUCUACAUAUGGAAAAAUCUAACAGCCCAAGUAAUGGCAGCCGAGAAUUAUUUGUAUCAGAUGAUGGCUCCAGUUUUGAAGACACAGAUUUCAGUUGGGACGAGUAUCUGGAGGAAUCAGCAUCUGUUGCUGCACCUCACACGUCUUUUAAACAUGUUGAAAUUAGUCUUCAAAGCAGCUUCCAACCAGGAAUGAAACUGGAAGUGGCCAAUAAGAAUAAUCCAGAUACGUAUUGGGUGGCUACUAUUAUUACAACGUGUGGCCAGCUACUGCUCCUAAGAUAUUGUGGCUAUGGGGAAGAUAGAAGAGCUGACUUCUGGUGUGAUGUCAUGACCGCAGACCUACACCCGGUUGGCUGGUGUACACAAAACAACAAAGUCCUCAUGCCACCAGAUGCAACAUUAGGUGCCAUUGUGUUCCAGCGGCAGCAACACUUCCACGUUUCAAAUGCCUCAACAUCUGGAAUAAAAGACAAAUGCACAGACUGGGCUGAGUUCCUCAUUCAUGAUCUGACUGGCUCCAGGACUGCCCCAGCAAAACUACUAGAGGGACCUCUUCGUGGAAAAGCCCCUGUAGAUCUUAUUACAGCUGAUUCACUCAUAGAGCUGCAAGACUCUCAGAAUCCCUUCCAGUACUGGAUAGUCAGUGUGGUAGAAAAUGUGGGAGGAAGAUUACGAUUGCGGUAUGUUGGCUUGGAAGAGUCAGAUUCUUGUGAUCAGUGGCUAUUUUACCUGGACUGUAGACUUCGACCUGUUGGUUGGUGCCAAGAAAAUCAAUGCAGAAUGGAACCACCUUUAGAUCUUUGUCCACUCAAGAGUAUGUCUGAAUGGAAAAGCGCUCUUGAAAAAUCUCUGGUAGAUGCAGCAACACAUCCUCUUCCAGUUGAAGUUUUUAAGGAUCAUGCUGACCUAAGGCCCCAUACAUUCACUGUUGGGAUGAAGGUGGAGGCAGUAGAUCCAACUGAACCUUCUAAUAUUCGUCCUGCAACUGUCACCAAGGUUUUUAACAACAUAUACUUCCUAGUAACCAUUGAUGAUUUAAGACCAGACGCUAGAAACGUGUCAGUGCUUUGUCAUGUUAAUUCCCUGGGACUUCUGCCGAUACAGUGGUCUCUUAUCAAUGGGGUUAAUCUCACACCUCCAAAAGGCUAUCCAGAGCAGGACUUUGACUGGGCGGAUUACCAGAAGCAAUGUGGAGCAGAGGCAGCACCUCAUUCCUCCUUCAAAAACACAUCAAAUUCUCGAGGGUUUACAAAAAACAUGAAACUGGAGGCAGUCAAUCCAAGUAAUCCAUCUGAGAUUUGUGUUGCAUCUGUAACUAAAGUAAAAGGAAGAUUACUUUGGAUUCAUCUUGAAGGUCAGGUGAAGCCAGUUCCGGAGUAUAUUGUUGAUGUGGAGUCCAUGAAUAUUUUCCCUGUUGGAUGGUGUGAAGCAAACUCAUAUCCUCUUAACACGCCGCAGAGAGCAGUGGUGAAAAAGAAAAGAAAGAUUGCCGUUGUUCAGCCAGAAAAACAGUUGCCAUCCUCAGUGCCUGUGGAGAAAAUACCUCAUGAUCCUUGUCCGUUCCCUCAGAGUGACAGCUACUCAACAGGGACCACCAAUGGAAAAUAUUGCUGCCCUCAACUGUUCAUCAAUCAUCGCUGCUUUUCAGGACCAUAUUUAAAUAAAGGCAGGAUAGCAGAACUACCUCAAUCGGUGGGUCCUGGGAAAUGUGUGCUUGUUCUAAAAGAGGUCCUCGGUAUGGUAAUUAAUGCUGCCUACAAACCUGGACGGGUCUUACGAGAGUUACAGUUAGUGGAAGACACAUCAUGGAAUUUCCAGGAAGAAACACUUAAAGCCAAAUACAAAGGUAAAACCUACAGGGCGACUGUGAAGAUUGUCCGAACAUCAGAUCAGGUUACAGACUUUUGUCGCAAAGUGUGUGCAAAAUUGGAAUGUUGCUCCAAUUUGUUCAGUCCAUUUCUGGUUACUGACAUAUGUCCAGAAAACUGUUCGAUACAUACGAAAACCAAAUACACUUAUUAUUAUGGAAAGAGGAAAAAGAUUGCAAAGCCUCCUAUUGGGGAACAAGCAGCAGACAAUACCCAGACCAAACCAGCAAGACGCAGAAAAAGGAGAAAAUCUAUUUUUGUACAAAAGAAAAGACGUACAUCAGUGGUUGAUGUUAGCCCAGUUGGCUCUGCUGAGGAGAGUGCAGAAGAUGAUGUUCUUGAAGAUGAUACCGGAAGUGAGGAAACAAGUUCUGAAGUACGUGAUGAUCAUACUGACACUUCCUCUGUUGAAGUUCCUUCUAUACGUCCAAGGAGAGCAGUAACACUGAGAAACAGCAUUGGGUCUGACAGAGCACCUCUAGCAGAGAGGACAAGAAGAGUCCGGAAAACACGUUCUUUUUCUUAUGCUGAAGAGGUCAACACCACAAGUGAGAAAGAUGAUAAGAAGCAAGAGGAAGAGGAGUGUCUGGUCCUUGAAAGUAACCCAUUUGAAUGGACAGUGAUGGAUGUAGUGACAUUUAUUAAGUCUACGGAUUGUGCUCCCUUAGCUAAAAUCUUUCAAGAACAGGACAUCGAUGGACAAGCAUUCUUACUUCUGACUCUUCCCACAGUUCAAGACUGUAUGGAACUAAAACUAGGCCCUGCCAUCAAGCUCUGCCACCAAAUUGAGAGAGUUAAAGUGGCAUUCUAUGCACAAUAUGCCAACUAAACCCUUUGACACGUUUUGCUGUAUCUAAACUAAAUUCAUUGUUAAGGUAAAAAGUGAGUUUACAAGAAAAAAAAAAAAGAUAAAAAAAGUCCAAACAAUUAUUAUUAUUUUUUACAUUUUUAAGCAUUUGUAGAUAUUGCAGCCAUUUUUUAUUUAGCUAUGCCUAAUCAUAGCUAUAUAAACCACAGGAAUCUUAAACAAAAGAAGAAUUUUUGUCUUGUUUGAUAUAAAGGCAUACUUUGACAUGUCUGAUCUUUUAGCAAAACUUGUAAUCUUCUUUCAUAUUGAAAGCAUGUGUUUUUCUUUACCGUGAUCUGUGUCUUAAAUGAAAGCUUUGAUAUAGUAGUUCACUUCCUUUCACUUCUUGUCAUUUUAAUACCAAUCUGGCGAAAAUAAAGUCUUUCACUGCAGGAGAAGUCUAUCUUUCAUUGCAGAGACUUCACUUGCAGUUAAAAUGCCAUUGAGCUGUAAAGUCAGGCUAGCUAAAGGAGCAUUUAGACACGCAGGUGGAGCAGGCAAUUAUCAGGAAGGGACUGUUCCUUCCCAGUAACUGCCUACUCAUUGGUGGAGGUGAAUGCUUCCAAUGUAUGGAAGCGAUCAAUGGCUACUGCACUGUUUCUGGGCAGCAAAUCAUUGUUCACACAGCACAAUCUUCUGCCCAGAAAUACUGCAUGAACGAUCAUUUCACCCGACGAAUGUGCGUUUUGUAGGAGCACAUUUUCAUGGGCAGAUCAUCAAGAACGAGCAUUUGUAGUAAGGUUUGUUUCUGAUAAUCUGCCAUUAAUAGGUAUAGUUAUCUGAUUUAAAGAUGUACUAACAUGAGGCAAAUGAUAAGGCCAAGGUUUAAUCUGGUUUAAUUGUUAUUACUGCUAUCACAAUACUACAGUAGGUAGAAACAUGGGAAAUAUAGUGCUUAAGGCUCCUCCGACAUCAAGGAUGCAAUAAUACCUAGUUCUCACAAUGAAAAUGAAUGUGGGUCUCAUUGUAUCCAAACUAGGAAUUAUAUAUAUGUAUGUAUGUGUAUAUAUAUAUAUAUAUAUAUAUAUAUAUAUAUAUAUAUAUACACACAUAUAUAAAGACUUUUCAACAUAAGCUGCCCAAAGGUAUAUAUAAGUUAGAGCAGUAUAUACAUCUGACCAUUAAAUUACCGUACUUUUAUUUGGCACAUUUAGCAGUUUGCUCUUUUACAGGCUGCAUUCAUAAUUCUCGGUUAUCUCUGAGCUGGUGGUGGGUGGAGUUGUCUCUGAGCAGUUGGUGUGAGACAAUAACACGUAACCAUACUUUUAGCUCCUCAAUCUGCCUAGUCAAGCCUGUGCUGUCUGGUCUCUCUGCACUCCCCACCACCUUUUCCAUAGACUUCUUUGGAAUGACUAUCUGAUCCGUCAGUGAGCAGGCAGCCAGUUCAUAAAUUUCAGAAAGAAAGGGGAAAGGGGAGAAAACAGAUGAUAAUUCUACCACAAGGCAUUUUUCUCUGGUAUGAUAUAUUAUAAAGACGGAUUUAUCAUAAAUUGCAGAAAGUUAGUUUAGAAAAAGAUUGAAUGGAAGAAAACAGCUCUUAACUCUAGGACAAGGCAUUAUUCUCUGAUAAGAUAUAUUAUAAAGUUUCUUAUAUUCACCUAUGUUAUUGAUUUAUGAAAAAUUGUCAGAAAGUGCAAUGGCCAUUUAAAAAUACACAUAAAUGAAUAUGUGCAUGCAUCCAUAUACACACAUAGAGAAGCAUGUAUGGCCUAUAUGUCUCCUCAUGACAAUUAAGGCGCUCUCCCAAAGGAGAGAUAGUACCCCCAAAUACUUAUAUACAUAAACAUACUCCCUCCCCAGGCAUUUCCCAUUACAGAAUACUAUUGCUACAGGCUUGCUAUUACAUAGUAGGGAUGAUCUUCACAAAUUUUACUGUUAUGUAAAAUCCAUUAAUAUACUAAUAUGUCUCAAACGUAGUGGAAGAACAAUGCAUUCUUAUGUCAGGCAUAAGGCAAAAAUUAAUUCAUGUCUUGUGUGUUCUUUCUUGAAUAUGAGUCUUAGGUAAAUUAUCAUUGAUACAUUGCUUCUUAGUCAUGAACUUAAAGGCUAUGUACACAUUUGGAGGGAAUUUUUUAAUGAUUGCAUUUUACUCAUUUUGGGCUAAAAAUAUUUUUUUCAACUGGCCUUUACAAAAAAUAUACAGAAGUCAGCAAGUGCAGACACCUUUAGAUGGCUUGCCUUUUUCCUUGUGUCGCUUAUUUAUACUGUGAUAAAGUGGAGAAAACUGUACCAUAAAUAUUUUGUUGUUUUUCUUUAUAUUUUUGCAUAGUUUGUAUAAUAGAACUACAAUAACUGGAAUUCUACAUACACUGAAGGUAUUCUGCAUCAUAGAAAUUUAUUUUUAAUGUGCUCUAAAAGAUAAAAGAUAAAAAAAUUCAGAUGUAGUAAUUGUUUUUUACGAGACUUCAGAACUUCUCACUACAUGUCUUGUUGUGUCUGCAAUAUCUCUGACCAAUUUGAAAAACUUCUUGUGGCUGAAGGAGUCUGAAUACUUGAGCUCCCAUAACAAAACAGUAUUUGCCCUUUAUGCAUGUACAGUUGGAGAGGUUUUCUUAGAAAUCCCCAUGAUGGCCUAUCCUACCAGGACCCUAAUUGGUGUACAGAAGGAAGACUCUCUUUGUUCACCUGAAUGGUGCUGAGCAGCCUUAUGGGUGCAGCUGCACAUACUGAUGUGUCACUGUGUCUGAACUUGGGGGUUGCGACUCCUUAUGGGGAGUGCAUAGUAGGCAUAAGAAGUCUUAUAGGCCAGGAAAUGCUCCUCUGGUUUUCUAGAGAAAAAUAUGCAAAUUAGCUCAAAAACAAAAGAAGGCUGAGUCUUUAAUGUCACCAGAUGUAAGGUAGCUAUCCUAUAAGUCAAUGCUAAAUUAUUUUAGCAGGCCUUGAACAUAAUAUGGAUAAUAAGUAGGCCAGUACCUCAUCUGCAGACAGCUGUUUUGGGGUGAUUUCCCCUCAUCAGUACAGAGCAGAGAGAAUUGGCUUAACUGGAUGAAAAGUCUUUGCCAAUAUUUGCAGUUACUUGGCUUCUACCUCACAGUUUUUUUUUUUGCCUUCCUCUGGAUCAACUUGCAGGAUAACAGGCCAAACUGGAUGGACAAAUGUCUUUUUUCGGCCUUAUGUACUAUGUUACUAUGUUAUAUCUCCUUAUGGAGAGUAUCCUAUAGGCCAGGCUAAACACUGAAGGGAUUGGAUUGGAAUGCUCGAUGGAGCUUAUCAACCCUUUGCUUCUACUGAUCAAUGAAAGUACAAGAAGAGAAUUAGGAAUCUUAGGAUAGAACCCCAAUUUCACUAGUGAUCUUUUCAUGUAAAUAGGGAAUGCAGAUAUGUAUAUAAGGAAUACAAGCAUGAUCUAUUUGAAAUGCUAUUUCCUGGUUGUCAAGAGAUUAAAUAAAAUUGGAAUAUUUUCAUGAUAGAUUUUUUUAUUUGGAACUUCACAUUAUUGGCUUCCUAUUUUCUUGCAAUCCUGUUUAACCCUAAUAGUAUGAAGGCUGAAUACGAGUUGAAGUUUUGUGAAAACAUGUUUUUACAUUGUCAGGAGAACUGGUGAAUAGUUUUAAACAACUACUUUUCUGAUAUGUUUUCAGAGCCGUUGUACUGUCUCUCCUCUGUUCCACCUGACAAGUCCCACUAAGCAGAUUACCCAGUCGGAUGAAAGGGAAAUUUAGAAUGAAACAUGUUUCAGAAAAACAUUUUUCUAAAUAUUUUUUUAUCUUCCAAUAUGUGUUGAUAUGAAUACCAGUAAUGACGGAAAUUGGAAUUGGUCUUCAAAAGGGUUAUCUCGCAAAAAUAAGCUAAAUUGAUUUGAACCAGUAGGGCAUACUGAUGCCAUAGUGUAGGGUUCCUAACAGAACUAUGGCCUAGAGCAAAACAGCAUGGAUCAUAUAAUUGUCACAAAGUUUCCCCUAUUAAAAUUAGCUGUUUGCCAAGAAUGGGAGAAGCCAGAGGAACUCUAUUAAUGAGGCAACUCCUUUCUACAUGCUUGUGAUUACCAAACUGGGCUAUAUUCCUGGUGUAUAAUUUUUUAACAAUAAUCCAAAAAUAAUUCAAUCUAUAAACUAGUUUUAUAUUUUGCCAUAUUUUUUACCCGUAGAGGACCCGCGCCGUACAUGUACAGCGCUGGUGAACGUGACUUAAGGACCAGCGGCAUACAUGUACUGGGACCCAGCAGUCACUGACAGCCGGAACCCUGCUGCAUAUGCCGGCAUCGGUGAAAACACAGAUGCCUGCUUAAUAACCCCUUGUAUCGGGUCCCCAUGAUGCAGUGAUGGGGACCUGAUGGCAGAGAACACAGCCUUCCAUAGGCAUUGAGGCUUGACUUCUACGGAAGCCUGUGAGAUCCAGCCCCUUAGGCUGGGUCUCACAGUCAGACAGUCAGCAUAAAAGCUGACAGGCAAUGCAUUACAAUACAGGAUGUAUUAUUAUGCAUUGCAGA